UCGGUCCCCGCCGCCGCCGCCCUCACCGCACCGUACCGCCCGGCCCCGCCGCAGCCGCCCCGGCCCCACGGCAGCCCCCAUGCCCCGCCUCGGAGCCAAGGUGUGCCUCCUCCGCUGUACCCUGCUGUCGUCCCUCCUCCUCCUCCUGCUCUGCAGCAUCCAUGAGACGGAGCAGAACAGUUACUGCCAGCAGAUCAUCACGGAGAAGCACCUGGCCGAGCUGGAGGAACUGGCUGACACCCAGAUGCAGCACCCGGGCAGGGUCUCCUUCAAGUUCAUCGAUAAGAUGAAGUUGAACGACUCCGUCUGCUACGUGAAAGCCGCCUUUCCUCUGCUGGGCAAGAUCCUGGAGCGGACGGAGUUCAAGGAGAACUCGUCCAACGCCAAGAAGAUGCAGAUGGUGCGCAAGAUGUACAGCCGCAUCGACGAGAACAUCGACCCCUGCAUCAGGGAGGAGGAUGACGAGGAGAGGGAGCUCUCGCAAACGUGCUUUGAGGAGUUCACCACCUCCCCCUACGAGAUGCUGGUGCUGGUGAAACAGUUCUUCCAGGACAUCAACCAGCUGCUGCAGAACCGGGAGACCUUCGAGAAGGACUGCAGCCAGGUCUACCGCAGGACCUGCUUGGAGCCCAAGAAUUCGGGAUCCUCCCCAGGUGUGGGGACAGAUCCUGACUGCAAUUGCCUGUCCCCUGCCCUCCCUUCUGCCACCCAGCCCUCCCUCUCCGCUGCCACCCAUGCCGGCGGGGAGGUGGCACCCGCUAGCACCCGUGUCCCUUACAGCCUCCUCCAUGCCACCCUCGCUGACUUAGACGCCCCGUCUCAGCCCCCCAGUAGCACGGACGGUGGCUCGGGGACCGAGGAGGUCCUGGGUGCCGGGGUAGGUGACACGGCAUCAGUGCCGUCCCCCGCGAUGCAGCCGACAGCUCCAGCCGAUGGCGCCGAACCCCCCCUGGAUCCAGCCAGGACCCUGAGCCUGGUGGCCCUGGACUUCCCCAUCCUGCGCGGGGAUGGAGAGCUGGUGGAGGGGGGCACCGAAGUGGUGGCCGGCCACCCGCCGCAGGAUCCGGCCCAGAAGCAGGGAGCCUCCAUCCUCCCGGACCGUGCCGGCGGGCUCAGGACCACCGCGCCAGCAGCAUCUCCCAGCGCCGGCUUGGCGGGCGGCGGAGCCAGGAGCCGUCCUGCCGAGACAUCCCAGCCCGUCACGCAGCUCCGUUUCUCCAGGAUGGCCCCGGGGAUACGGGGCCGAGCGCCGGGCGGCCCCGGGACUGGGGUCGGGGUGCGAGGCUGGGGGCUGAGCCGGCUGCGGGAGCCCGAGGACGGCGGGGCCGGCCCCAGCUUUGACUCUGGCUUUGUUCUGGGCGCAGAGCAGCGCAGGAAGGAGCCGGCCAUCAGGGAGGGCCGCCGGGAGCCCCUGAUAUACAUCACGGUGGCCAGCGUGGUGGCCGUCUUGCUGGCCAUGGGAGGGCUGCUCUUCUACAAGUAUAAAUCCAGGGUCCUGGAGCGGCCGCUGGAAGACGGAGGCUGCGACCCCGAGGAGCCGGAGAGGAGGGCGCUGCAGGGAGCGAGGGAAUGUCCAGAGCUGGAGACUCAGGACCUCUAAGGGCCCCAGGCGGGAUGUGAAGCCGCUCGGGGGAUGGAUGCGGAUGCUCCUCGCCGUGCGAAGGAGGGUCGGUGCGCGCCGACCCCUCCGCGGUCCUGCCAUGACGCUCACGCUCCCUCCUCCCUCGCCCCGCGCCGCCGGCCAGAGACUGCAGGAAAAAAAGAAAAAAAAAAAACAAAACCAAACCACAAACCCACCCCUCCCAGACAGGGAUGGAAGGAUGGGGGGGGAUGCGCCCCGAGGGGGGACCCCCCGGGCACUGGGACGCGAAGGGCUGGAAGGCGUCGGAGCGUCACCGAAAGGCUUUGCCGGGAUGGCUGAUGUGACACCACGGUGCUGAGCGGGACGAUGGAGACGCUGGUGUUGGGUGCGGGAUGACGGAUCCCGCUCGGACACGGCCAGCGGUGGCUGAAGAUGGAGGGGGAUCAGCUCCCCGAAUCCUCCUCCCCCCGCCCGCCCUGGCUCUUCUCCCACCCCAGCACGGCGGGGUUUGGAGCAGCACCCAUCGCCCCCCGCCUUCACCCUGCCUUUCCGGAGAGGCUUCAACCGGAGCAUCCCAGAUGCCGGAGCGGAGUGUGUGUGUGUAUGUGUGUGUGUGUGUGUGUGUUAGUCGCCGGCACCCCAGCCCCGACUUGCAACUUCAACCCUCACACUGUGAAUAUUUAAAGCCCACCGGUGCCCGUGUCCCCACCCCGGGGCCGGGCUCGGAGGGGGCCGGGGGGGUGACCCUCAGCACCGUCCCCGUCCCCGUCCUCCUGCCACCGGAGAUCUGGCUCCGCUUCUGCGCCCGAGCUGGCCUCGGCUCGCUGUCGCGCCGUUAAGGUUUUAUUUUUAAUAUAGCGGAUGAAAGUCUUUAUCCCGCAGAAGUAUUGUACGGGGUGGUGGUGGGGGGGGGGGACGGGAGGACACGGACACCCAUCCUGCCCCCCUCACAGGGUUAUUGCUGCGAGCUGGCCUCGCCCGCGACUGGAUUAUUAUUAUUAUUAUUAAUUUUUUUUUUUUUAUAACUACGCUUUAGAGAAGGGAAACGGGGCUGGAGAAGGACUGGAUGGACGUGGGUGUAAAGGAUGAAGAUGCCCCAGCCUGGUACCCGGGAAGGGGGGGGUGGGGUGGGGAUGCUUUUCGGCUCAACCCCCUCCCCGGUUUUUGGGAAGAGCCUGGCUGGGGGAUGCAGCAGCCCCAGCGCUACCCCGGGGCCGCAUACUGCCCCCCCCCCGACCCCCGCAGCAUCCCUCCGGCCCCCCGUGUGAAGCGUGGCCCCGCGCUGCUCUUGCGUCUUGAAGUGUUAUUUUUUUUAUACAGUGGAAGAAAACGUGGACAAACCAAACCGUUUUUAAAGAAAGCCAUUACUAUUAAUUUUUUUUAUUAUUAUUAUUAUUGUUGUUAUUAUUUUAUAUGUGUAUUUAUGACUGCCAAAAAGGAGGGGGUUCCAGUGCAAGGGACGGGUGUAAAGCGGGAGGAGAGCCCUGACCAUAGCAGGGAGGCUGGGGCCAAACUCGCUGCUGGUGUAAGCCACUGAUUUGCACCAUGGAGGAGAAUCUGGCCCCGUUUUGGGGGUGGGGUGGGGGGGGAGGAGAAAUCUCGCCUUUAAGCUGCGU